GUGGAGGGGGGGGGGAUGAGGCAGAGAGUGAGCUGGUGUCUCAGCUUUGCAAACAUUUACAUCAGCAUCGCUUCAGAUGCAUCCUUGCCCGUCACAGCUGUAGCCAUCCAGGGAGGAGGAUGCACAAGGCAGAUGAAGGUACGAGAAGGGAAACGAGCUCUUGCAGUGGCGAGCACCUCAGCAGCAUUCACAAGGUUGGCUUGAAACCGAUCGCAGACAUGAAGAUUUUUAUAAAAGGACAUGAAUCAUAAACUCUAAACCUCCAGACAAUCACAGCAUCUUACUGCGGAAGACCAGGCAGCUUUUGACCUCGUUUUCAAGCCGCUGCUUUCUGGCCGUACUUCCUGGCUUUGAAGGAUGGGUGAUGGGCCUGUGACUGAUCCUGCCCGCCCGCCUUGUCCCACCUUUCAAUGGAGCCGAUGUGGAACUCCUCCCACUCGCCUCCACAGCUCGUGUCCAACAUGUCUGCCUCGUCUUUGCCCGAGGGCUGGGCUCUGUCCCAGUCGCUAGCCCUGCUGGCCAUGCUGCUCAUGGAUCUGCUGGCGGUGGUGGGUAACGCGGCCGUCAUGUUGGUCAUUGCCAAGGCGCCACAGCUCCACAAGUUUGCCUUUGUCUUCCACCUGUGCGUGGUGGACCUGCUGGCAGCCCUGGUGCUGAUGCCCCUUGGCAUGCUUUCCAGCCGGGCGUUCUUCGGGGAGGCCCUGUGCAGGAGCUACCUCUUUCUCAGUGUGUGCCUGGUCAGCGCUGCCAUCCUCUCCAUCUCCGUCAUCAACGUGGAGCGUUAUUAUUACAUCAUGCACCCCAUGCGAUAUGAAGUAAAGAUGACUGUUGGCCUGGUAGCGUCAGUGCUGGUGGGGAUAUGGGUCAAAGCCCUGGCCAUGUCUGCUCUGCCGCUGCUUGCCUGGUUCUUGCAAGGUGGAAGAACGCCGCUUCUGGAGAGUAGUGGGGUUGGAGGAGGAGGAAGUGGGGCAGUCCCAUCUCCCCCUGCUCAGGGUCACAGGCGCUGCUCGCUGCACUGGACGGGGGGAGGGUCAAACCGCUUGGCCUUUAUGGUCCUCUUCACUCUGGUGUAUUUCCUGUGUCCACUUCUGGUCAUUCUUGUGGUGUACUGCAAUGUCUUUAAAGUGGCUCGGGUAGCUGCCAUGCAUCACGGGCCUCUGCCAACCUGGAUGGACACUCCUCGUCGCCAGCGGUCAGAGUCACUCAGCAGCCGUUCCACUAUGGUUACCAGCUCUGGGACAGGGACGGGGACAGACAGAGCGACUCCACAUCGCCCCUUUGGGGGAGGAAAGGCUGCAGCUGUGUUAGCGGCAGUCGGUGGGCAAUUCCUCUGUUGCUGGCUGCCCUACUUUACUUUCCACCUGUAUUCAGCACUGGCUGCCAGCCCGCCAGCUGCACUGGCCUCUCUGGAGGAAGUGGUCACCUGGAUCGGCUACUUCUGCUUCACCUCCAAUCCCUUCUUCUACGGCUGUCUCAACAGACAGAUCCGGGAGGAGCUGGGCAAACAUCUUCCCUGCCUGUUCCGUCGAGCAGGGGUCGAGGUCGAGGACAGACUGCCCAGCCGCGAAGGAUCCAUCGAGGAGAAUUUCCUCCAGUUUCUUCAGGGCACCGGCUGCAACUUGGACCCUCAAAACUCUCACAGCACCUCCAGCCCAAAGGGGGAGGCCUGCUGCCCUGUGACCCCGUCCCAACCACCUGAGCCAGCACAGCCCAUACCCAUUGAUUUCCGUAUCCCUGGACAAAUUGCAGAGGAGACUUCAGAGUUUAUUGAGAAUGAACAGGGGAAAAACAACCAUAUAUAUACAGAAAACUAAGUUAUUAAUGUCUUUAUUUCCUAAAAUUAAGUAUCAUUUUGGUCAUUCAGAUGUAAAGUGUUUCAGGAAAACAUGCCUUUUCUAUUUCUACUGAAAGCUGUCCAGCAGGUCGCUCAGUGAAAUGACUUUAAAUUGUAUCUUUGAAUCGUUGCACUCUUCCUCAUCAGAUUUCAUCUAGUCACUGUGAUACAGUCAAAUGCAUUUGUUUAAAAUUUAUUUCUGCCUGUUGCUCGUGACCAGGGAAAUAGAUAAAAAAAAAAACACAACUGCAUUUUGGCCUACCACACAACCGCUCAGCUCUGUACAGUAAAUGACUCAGUGAAUUAACACUGAUGUAACUUCUUAAAAUUAAAAAUAACAUAUUACAGCAACUAGUACUUGUACUAAACGUUUUAAGAAUAUCUCUUUUGAUCUUGAAUGAAUCAGCACUGGCUGAAAUACACUGGUGAUGUUCUGCUAUAGGACGAUUUGCCUGAACACACCAACAUGUUCAUAACCGUUGAUUCAAUCAUUUUGAGACUGUGGCAAUUUGAAUAUUUUUAGAAAGAGUUUUGUAAAUUACUGCAAGAAAAAUAACAUCAGAGAGGACAACAAGAAAAUACAAAAUAAUUAUGACUUGAGUAUUUGGGUGUAUCCAUUGGAGGAGAAUGAGAAUAAUUUUUGAUUGGUCGAUCGGCAUUCAUCAGUGAUAACGCCACUCUAACCCUUAAGCCAAUCUGAUCACAUUAGAUUAGGAGGCAAACAUAUUGUGACCUAACUCUCAUGGAAUCACGAAAAGUUGUUUACAGACAAACUUCACAAUUUUGUUCUCCUUUUCUUUUGGUGAUUGUCCAAUCAUUCUUCUUUGAUUUCCUACAAAACCAGAUCUGCUGUGACUCGGUUUAGGAUGUAGGUUUAAUCUCUUACGGGUCACCCAGCUUUCUGCCAUGUGAUGUAUUAACAAGUAUAUUUGGAUACAGACCUUAAUAACCAGUAUUCUAUCGAUGCACUGCAUUGCAUUCAAAAAUGAUCCUAAUUCUUGCAUUUUGUUAAAUGUACCUAACUGUAUGUUAUGUUUAGUAAAACUGUAUAAGUUUGGGCUGUGUGUUGCAAUUGGACACACCCAUUUUCCUUUUUUUUAUUAUUAUUAGUGAGUGUAAGUAUUUGUCAUUAGUUUCAUCUCAAGGAGGCUGAUGUAUUUUGACACGUAUGCAGUAACUGCCUUCUUUGUGUGUUUUUCAGCUGUGGAAAGUUUUUAUCCAGGAAGGAGAAUACAUGAUUUUUUGACUACCCUGCUCAUCCGGGGUUUUACAGUACCUCAGAUGCAGGAAAAAUUAAUCAACAGCCCAUGCGCAGUUCCAUGUCAGGUGUGACUCCUGCACACUAUUCUAAUGUUGUAAGGAGACUAAGGCCCUGUCCACACUAAUGAGUAUAUUUGAAAAAUGUAUUUUUGAUCUCUUGUUCCACACACAAAUGGUGUUUAAAGUCGCAAAAACUUUUUAGAAACACCUUCCAAACUCUGGGAUGACAUCACAGCUUACGCAUGUCCACUGUUGUUUAGUGUUAUGAACAAGUGCCAACAGCAAUGGCGAAUAUAGAAUAUAACAGUGACCGUCCACUUUUAGAACAGCCCUGCUUUCCUGAAGUAAUUCAUUUUCUUCAUUGACGUUUCAGAAAAUCCUUCUAAAAAUAGUUUUAAGCCUGGAACCAGACCAACCAGCUACAAAUUGAAUCCUGACCAUACAACAUUUGAUUCGGAGCAAAAGAAAUAUUGGAAAAUAGAAAAAGGCAAAGGGACAAGACUGUGUACAUAAUAUUUUUAAAUUGAAGGAACCUACACAUCCCAUAAACCAUUGCAAACGACCCCUUUCCAAUGACUUCCAGCAUGCUUCUUCUUGAAUUUAAACUUUAAGUAGUAAUUUCCACUCAAGUGGGCUCUUACCCUCAUCUCCAAAAAAAAAGAAAACACAGCAUGUUAGAAAGAGAAAUCAUGGUUGCUCUGUGGUAAACGCAAUGUAACACUGACCCAUCCGAUCCAAGCCAACGUGAUUUUCAUGGUUUACAAGUUCUAUGCAGCAAGCUCCACUAAUCAAAGCCUUUGCUAUUACACUUGAGGAUGGUGGGUAGUUUAGUAUUUCUCCUUGACAUUGCGCUUAAAACAUGUUUUUCCUAAAACGCAGUUGAUAUCAUACAGACUUGUCUACAGGAGCAUAUAACAUUGUUUCACGGUCUCGUAGCUUGCGGUAAAUCUACCUUGAAGGAUGGUUAAAAUAUUAUGGCUGAUAACAAAAUCUCUCUGAAGAACAUGAAUGGUAUUUUUACUUCUGGAACCAGGCUGGUGUGCUUUACAUACUGGUUGACAGGAGCAAAGCUCACUGACCAUGUUCACAAUGUUCUUCUCUGGUCUUUGACGGAUCGUUGAUGUAGACUUUAUCGACACCUGCUGGCCCGACAUGCUUGUUUAAGCUUUUGUUGUCAUUUUUGUGUUCUCAUCUGGACGGAAAUAUUUUAUAAAAAGAAAGUUUGUGGUGACAGAUAUUUUUUUUAAACGGAGGGGAAAAUAUCCGUUCAAAAAAACCUCCACAGUAGUGUAGACAAGGCCUAAAGACGACGUGGUUGCUUGUUGAGCUUUUAUUAGAAAUGAAGGUUCAGAUUUUGCUAUGUUUUUUAGCUUGAGUUUGAUGAUGAGAGGAAUUUGUAUUUUAUAGCAAAUAGUUAGGGAUUCAGAUGAUAAACUGUAUGUGGAGAUGUAUGACUGAAACAACAGAUCCUUUAUUAAUAUGGACACAGGGUUAUUAAGACUUUUUUUUUGAGUGGCAAAGCCAAAACCGAAUCAAAAGCUUGCUGAGCUCGAUCUCUUCUUUUCAUCACUUCUAAAUAUCCCAAACUGUGAAUGACUUUGAAUGUUUGUGUUACGAUUUCAUUGUUUGUUUUUUUUUCAAAAUGCUGUGAUUGAAAUAAAAGAACAACUUCCAUUGUACUGCAAUGAAAUGAAUGUGUGUAGAAAAAAACAACAUGGCUAAAACAUGAGUGAGAGAUGCAGAUGUAAUAAAGACUUUCUAUGUUUGUAAAACA